GUGGCCCGGGGCAAGGGCAUCCUCGCUGCAGAUGAGUCCACCGGCAGCAUCGCCAAGCGGCUGAGCUCCAUCGGCGCGGAGAACACGGAGGAGAACCGGCGCUUCUAUCGCCAGCUGCUGUUCACGGCCGACGAGCGGGUCAACCCCUGCAUCGGGGGCGUCAUCCUCUUCCACGAGACCAUGUACCAGAAGGCCGACGACGCCCGCCCCUUCCCCAAGGUCAUCAAGGACAAGGGCGGCGUGAUUGGCAUCAAGGUGGACAAAGGUGUCGUGCCCCUGGCUGGAACAAACGGCGAGACCACCACCCAGGGUCUGGACGGGCUGUCCGAGCGCUGCGCCCAGUACAAGAAGGACGGGGCCGACUUUGCCAAGUGGCGCUGCGUGCUGAAGAUCUCGGAGCACACCCCCUCCUACUUGGCCAUCCUGGAGAACGCCAACGUCCUGGCACGCUACGCCAGCAUCUGCCAGCAGAACGGGAUCGUGCCCAUUGUGGAGCCAGAAAUCCUUCCGGAUGGGGACCACGACCUGAAGCGCUGUCAGUACGUUACAGAGAAGGUGCUGGCCGCUGUGUACAAAGCACUGAGUGACCACCACGUCUACCUGGAGGGCACCCUUCUCAAACCCAACAUGGUGACGGCUGGCGAGGAGAUCGCCAUGGCGACUGUCACCGCCCUGCGCCGCACCGUGCCACCCGCUGUGCCUGGCAUCACCUUCCUGUCGGGCGGGCAGAGCGAGGAGGAGGCCUCCCUCAACCUCAAUGCCAUCAACAAGUGCCCCCUGCACAAACCCUGGGCUCUGACCUUCUCCUACGGCCGCGCCCUGCAGGCCUCGGCCCUCAAGGCCUGGGGUGGCAAGAAGGAGAAUGCCAAGGCAGCCCAGGAGGAGUAUGUCAAGCGGGCCCUGGUAUGUGCCCCGCCCCUGGGCGUGGCUGGCUCAGCUAGGGGGCCCUCAACCUCAAUGCCAUCAACAAGUGCCCCCUGCACAAACCCUGGGCUCUGA